CUAGCUGGCCACGGCAGGCAGGCAAGCCGCCCAGCCUCUUCGGAGGCCAACAGAGGGCAGCGUCAAGUGCCCGGGACAGGGCGGCCCCCAGCCGGGGAGGGGGAGUGGCGGACAGAAUGUCUGUCGUCGCCGCACCCUCAGCAGAGCAAUAAACUCCGGGAGGUGUCCUCUAUGCCAGAAGAGCGGCCGGAGACCUCGCUCUUGAGUCGGGGGGGGGGGGGGCAGGAAGAGCGGCCCUCCGGCCAAGGGUAUUCGUUGCACGUGCGCGAGAAGAGUCUACAGCGUGAUUGCACUUCACUGAUAAACAGAAAUCCAUCUGAGAGUUGAAAUAUAGGCAAAUAGUCUUAAUAAAGAAAUGUAUGUUAUUGUGUUAUUCAACAUUAAUAUGAGAAAAGACAAUAUCGGAUCCCCACAAAGACUAUAGAAGUGUUUCUAAGUGCAGUAGUGACGCAUGCUGCAAGGAUCCAAAGUAUGUAGAAUUAGACCAGUAAUGCACUAACUAUAACAAAAAGGUGUGUAUUUCUAAAUUGUUUCUUUUUGGAAUUCCACAGUAAUUAUUUCUCAAAAACACUGGGACCAUUAAAGAUAAAGGUAUUUUUGCACCAUAAUAUGGAAUUGAAAUUCAAAACUAGAGUGACCAGAUCCUCAUCAAUGAGAAGAAGAACAGGGUUUACAAAAAGGAAUAAAUAAUAAUGUAAUAUGCGACUCAUUGGGUGUCUGUACAUGUUACACUUUAUAUGUAUGGUAGUAUUCUGAUGAAUGU